GGGGAAAGGAAAUCACUAAAGUGGAAACACUGCUGAAUUGAGGCAUGGGAGGCAUAAGGACAAUGUAUCCAUUGCCAAUAAAUUAAAAAAAACUGAGGCAUGGGGAAAGGAAAUCAUUAAAGUGGAAACACUGGCAGUACCUAAUCUGUGCUAUGGACUAUUCGAGUAAUCUGUGGUUCGUAUUGUAUUUCAUAAAUAUUUUGGAAAUGUGUUUUUCUCAAUUUAUUAACUAUUUUGAGCUUAUUAUUUAAGUAGUAAUUUAGUACAUAGUGAUGGCACAACCUAAUCAAGUGACUCUGGACAUAGAAGAGGAGGGCCCGGUUGAAGGGACCCCACGAAAUAAUGCAUUACACAGACUGGACUCUGUUUCAAGACCAGUGCCUCAGAAUAGAAAUAACUUAGGCCUUGGUGACCGGCUCAAUAGUGUUUUCAGAGAAAUAAGGCCUCUAGUCGAGCAUGCUCGCAUGGGAAAUAAUGCUAGAUUAUCACUGCCAACAUGGUUGCCAAGAAAUACGCCAGGCACUCAUCAGAUUGGAGGAGAAACUAACUUACAAAGGCCUCAGAGCUCCAUAGCACAUGUUAACUUAGGACCCAAUGCUCAGACCUAUGUAGUCACAGAGCGAAGCACUCCACCUACACAGCGAGCUCAGUCUGCAACUCAUGGCUUGAGUCACAGCCCUUCCAAUGAUUCCAAUCUGUCUGACCACGGGCAAGAUCACCCAGAGAUCAAUGUAUCUGUAAAUCCUGCAAAUAACAACAAUAUACACGACAAUGCAGAUAAUGAAAGUCAAAGUGAUGAUGGGACUCAACAGGUCGUGGAUGUAAGAGCUACCCUAAACUUAUUGAUAUGCUAUGCUCCAUUUUAUUUCCUGCUAUUUAUCAAGUUUAUGUACGAUAGCAGAGAAGGCCUCUUUACCUUCAUUAUAUUGUUUUCUACGUUUUCACAUAGUAAUAGUCUUGUGAGAAGAGAACAUGGCAAACAAAUGAAUCGGAGCGCUGUGGCAUUGUUCAGUGAAUUAGUGUUCACUGUUAGCUGCAUUGGCAUUGUGCACUUCCUAUUUGGGCAUGAGAAACUCUUGUCCAAUGUUGUGAUGUUCCCCACCUACACUGACCCCAUUGAUGUAUGGGAGCUGUUGUGGCUGGUAGUACUCACCGACUUAAUAGUGAAGAUCAUUACUGUAGAUAUCAAGAUAGUGGUUACAAUGAUGCCUGCGUUCUUGCUGCCUUUCCAAAAGAGGGGAAAAGUGUAUUUGUUCACGGAAGCAGUAUCACAGCUUUAUCGUUCUUUGCUCACCAUCCAGCCAUGGAUAUUCUUCCUGAUGCAGUCAUAUGAGGGGUCUGAGAAGAUGGUGGGCAUGCUCCUGACUUCUGUCUAUAUCAUAGCCAAAAUUAUUGAAAUAUUAGUGAGAUUAAGAUUGUUCAAGAACGCUACUUGGACUCUGUUGCAGAGUGUGCAUAGAAAAAGUUGUCGGAAAGAGUUCAAUCGUCUCAAAUUUGCUCUCGGAAAUCGUCUUUUCGUUCCGCGUCUCGCGAGUUAUUCACCACCUCAAUUUGAACGAAGCUUCAUUAAUCUGGGCACCAAACCGACCGGCGAGCAGCUAGUGUCUGCGGGCGAGUCGUGCCCCAUCUGCCACGACGAGUACUCGACGCCGGUGAGGCUCGGCUGCAGCCACAUAUUCUGCGAGCUGUGCAUCUCCGCGUGGCUGGACCGAGAGCACACCUGCCCUCUCUGCCGAGCCAAGGUCGCCGACGAGCCGACCUGGCGAGACGGAUCCACCACAUACGCCUUCCAGCUCUACUAACCACCAUCCUGGGACCACAGCUGGACCGCGAGGAUAUCUCCUUGCCCGCUGUGCUACAUGGAUCGACCGCAUAUGCCUUCCGGCUCUACUGAGGGGCGUCCAUAAAUUACGUGAGAUGUUUAAGGGGAGGAGGAGGUCGAGUCGAAUCUCAUCUAAUCUUACGUUGGAGAGAGGGGGGGUCUCGGCAAAUAUCACGCAUUUUUUUUUCACAGUAGUAUCUAUUAAGUAUUCUAUUGUUAAAUUUUUAUUACACUUAUAACUCUCAGCAAUAUUGAUUACUAGUCUUAACUAGUCGUAAAUAAAAGCACGAAGCAUUUUUUUUUUCUUUUUACAAUAACAAUCCAACGCGUUUACGAAAGAAACCCACAUUUUGAAAAAUCUCACGUGAGAUUGGGGGAUGGGGUUGAAUAAAAUCUCACGACAUCUCACCAGGGGGGGAGGGAGGGACAGAAAAUCCAAAAAAAACACCUCACGUAAUUUAUGGACGCCCCCUGACAAGCUUGUGAAAUCGCCAUCAUAAACCAAACACAACUAGACGUCUUUCCAUUAGAUUCAAAGCUAACUUCGAAGUUGUAAAAAACAAAUAAACUAUAGUGACCUACUGAACAGCGUAAAGCUUAUAAUGAUUACAUCUUCAGCUUAAUACCCUAUUUUUGACAUUAAAUAGCUUUAUCGUUAAAUUGAUCAGAAAGGAUGCCACUUAUCCAAUAGCGCAAUUACACUUGGUCGUUAGCCCGAAUACUACAUAUAUUCUAUGGAAUAAUCCAUGGAAGUCGGACAAACGACUAAAAAUGUACGGAGUCGAGUACUCCCGUAUUCGGGGUUUUCGUUUUGGUUUCCCGACGCCGUUUUUCAGUCCGUGUUCAAGUAAAAACAAUGUAAAUACUGCAUCAGGUGCCCGAAUACGAGUAAUGUCCUUCGUGCACCCGUCAUACGGGCUAACGGCCAAAUGUAAAUGCGCCAUAAGCCUUGUGGAUCUCGGUCUAUGCUGCUGCCAAUGGAAAUGUGAAAUGAGCAUUGCGGUAUUGAGUGUCAUAAUUGUGAAAUUUGCGUCGAUACUUCGUCCAUUAGUGGUGAACAUGUAAGGAGUCAGUCCGUUCUCCGUCUUGUAAGCUCUAUAGCUACAAAAGAAAAUUGAAACCGGCAUUCAUUCAAUCUUUAUUUUGAUGAAGUUACUGAUAUUUUACUAUACACAUAAAUUUUCGUGGGCUUUUGAGUUAUUGAGUUUUGUUUAUUUUAAAAAUGACGCCAUUUUAUUCCUAAAAUGAAACCAAAGGGUGUCAAACUUAUAUUUUUUAACUUAAAUGCCCAGCACCCAAAGUACAAUCUUUCUCAAUAGAGAAAAGGUUCCAUUAAGUUAAUUGGUCUCGUUUCCGUGCAUUUAAAUGUGUUUAAGAAAAGCACCUGUACAAAUUUG